CACACACACACACACACACACACACACACACACACACACACACACACACACACACACACACACACACCACUAUAUCCCCCUCUCCGCUCUCACACACAGCAGGUUUGUCAGGAACACGACAGCGGAAAGUCUUCUGUGUUUUCUCUUUUAAACCGGAAAUAAGCGACAGCCGGUGAGCCUUUGGAAGAAAAUACGGGAAGGAAGCAGCUGAGUUCGGCGAAGGAAAAGCGAAAAGAGGGAUUGGCUACAAAGUUACACUGACGGUAAAAAAAGGAAAAGAAAAGAAAAAAAAGAAGCGUUGCUACGAUAAUGGGAGAAAGAAACGCCACGGAGCGCGCGAGCUGAACCCGAGCGCCUGUAAACACGACACUGUCUCGUGCUUAACGCUUACUGCACGGUGAAAAGCGUCACCAUGCCCGUGAAAAGCAAGUAUAAUUUAGUGGACGACGGACACGACCUGCGGAUUCCUCUGCACAAUGAGGACGCUUUCCAACACGGGAUCAACUUCGAGGCGAAGUAUAUUGGUAGCCUGGAUGUGUCUCGACCCAACAGCCGGGUAGAAAUAGUAGCUGCCAUGAGACGGAUUCGGUAUGAAUUUAAAGUGAAGAACAUCAAGAAGAAGAAAGUCAACAUUAUGGUCUCUGUGGAUGGAGUGAAAGUUGUGCUGCGCAAGAAGAAGAAGCUGGGGGCUCCUGAGCGGUGCAGCAAAGGCGCAUUUGCAAGAUCAAACCCUGACAAGUCCAAGAGAGCAAAAUUGGCUGUGCUUUCUGACGGGAAGGAGAGGAACAGUUUGUCAUUUACAGCCAUACUAAAAAAAGAAUGGAUGUGGGACGAGAGCAAGAUGAUGGUGAUGCAGGACCCCAUUUACAGGAUCUUCUACGUGUCACACGAUUCACAAGAUCUGAAAAUCUUCAGUUAUAUAGCGAGAGAUGGACAGAGCAACGUGUUCAGGUGCAACGUCUUCAAGUCCAAGAAGAAGAGCCAGGCCAUGCGGAUCGUGCGGACGGUGGGUCAGGCGUUCGAGGUCUGUCACAAACUCAGCUUGCAGCACACACAGCAGAACGCAGACGGACAGGAGGAUGCUGACAGCCCCAAGACCUGCACAGACUCCGACCUACAAGAUCGGGAGUUAACCGGAGCUGAAAAGACGCUUGCAGAAGAGACGGACAUCGACGCUGAGGAGUUGCCUCUCCCUGACAGCACAGUGGACGAGUUCAGCCGAGGCGUCACUGACCUGGAUGCUGCUGAGAAAGAUGACGAGGGUCUAAAGGACACCAAGCUGAGUGAUGACACCUCCAUCCUCCUGGCUUCUCCAAAGAUGCUGCUCCCAUCGUGUAGUGAGUUGGCAGCCAGCACACCGCUCUCCAUGCACCACCAGCUCCAGCUCCUGCAGCAGCAGCUAAGCCAACAGCAGCAGCAGACCCAAGUGGCUGUAGCUCAGGUUCACCUGCUGAAGGAUCAGCUCUCGGCAGAAGCAGCAGCCAGGAUAGAAGCUCAGGCUCGAGUUCACCAGCUGCUGCUACAGAACAAAGACCUUCUGCAACACAUCUCACUGCUGGUGAAGCAGAUCCAGGAGCUAGAGCUCAAACUGACUGGUAACAGCUCCAUGGGAUCUCAGGACAGUCUACUGGAAAUCACUUUCCGGGCCAACGUGCCCCCGAUCAUCUGUGAUGCUACAACACCAUGCCCUGAAGACAUGCUCCUGCCACCACUGAAUGAUGGCACACAGCUUGCUCUGCCCCUAAGCAGUCCUUUAGGUAUGGGCCAAAGUCUGGUUAAGUUUGAGUGUUUCCGUUUUCUCCCAGGACCUCCUCAACAGGAGCAGAACCCUGCCCCCUCCCAGGAGGUAUCACCCUCAUCUCGGGAUGAGCUGCUGGGGAGCCUGGAGCUGCUCAAGUUCCGUGAGUCAGGCAUCGCCUCGGAGUACGAGUCCAACACGGAUGACAGCGACGAGCGGGACAGCUGGGGGCUGCAGGAUGAUAGCAGCAUGCGUCUGCUCAAUGUGCUCAACCAGCAUGGCCCCUCUGACUCCCUGGACGAUGAAAUCGCCGUUUAGGCUGGGGACAUGCUAAUGGCUACAGCUAAGUGUGCUAACUGCUUGUCUGUGUUAUAAACUGUUAUUCUCACUACCGACCAUUAGAGACUGAAGCAAAAAAAAGGUGGGAGGUUUCAUGUCACAUUUUGUGUUCCAGGGCCAUUUUCCCGUUGCACAUAACAAGGGUAACAGCCGGACAGUUAUGGUAUCCCAUCAACAGGAACCAAUUGUACUUGGGGGGACAGUUCAGUGCUAGUUGUUUACACAUGUUAUUACAUAUAAUAGACAGGGGGGGGGGGGGAUUAAAGACUAAAGACUAUUCUGGUUUGUUAGUGACAACAAAAACAACCUGGUCCUGUUUUGUUUGUAAACCUUAUUUAUGGUUUUUGUUUUUUUGUAUUCGUACCAGCACAAAUUGUUUACAGCUCAAACGCUUACAACAAACAGAUUUUACUGUGUUUCAUGAAUUGACAAUUGACUGAAAUUUUGUCAAUUAAAUCUUUCCUCGGCAAGUUUUUUUUCUGUAAUUUCACAACUGUCAGUAGGAGCUGGUUAGCAGUAGGAAAUGCUAAUCGUGGGAAAUACUUUAACUGCACGUUGUUGCAUAUAGUGUUGGCACUGGGACCAUUCUAGUUAUCUCUCGAACUGAAAUUGAACUAGAACCCCAAGUUCCUUUGGUUCCUGCUAGUUUUGGAAUGUGCUGUGGAAAUACAACCGGUAGAUUCCAAACUAUUUUGCCAAGCACCGCUAACUCACUACAUCACACCAUAAACGUGUGAUGAGUCUAUGAGGGAAAUGUAUUAAAAAUGUGUUACUUUAAAAUCCGUGUCUCCAUGAUAUCUCUCUUAGUUGGGUUGUUUUAUUAUUUAUAUCUUUUUUAUUAUAUUGCAGUGAGGCAUAUUGGGUAUAUGUGCUUGUUGAAGCUGUAUCACGUUAGUUUUCCUCCUGUGGUUUUAUUACUGUGCAGAUUAAUGCAUGUGUACACUGCUAUGCACUCCGCUCCUCUUAGUGGUACCGAUUUAACAUCUGUCAUAUAAUGACUUGGGUAACUGAAACACUAAUGAUAGCAAAGAUUCUUUAACUGAGGUUUAUUCGAUGCAGUUUAUCGAGGUAUGGGUUUGAAUGACACUUGAUCCACAGAGCAGAAGCACUGGCAACUAUUUAAGGCCUGAGGUGAACAAGGCAGCUUUGAGUGAAGGAAUCUAGCUAAUUUAGCUAGCCAGGAGAAAGCACGGUCAGAUGUCCUCCACUGUAUUGGCUCUUGUAUCGUUAGCAAGCAUAAGUUCCUAAGGAACGAUAUAAACAUACGGCAUGAUAAAAUGACUGCAGAACCAUUUAGAGCUUGUAACUCUAUAUAUAUUUUUUUUAAUUGAAUCGAAGAAAGCAUGAAUUCAUCCAUUUAAAACGCUUAGACAACAUUUUCAGCAAGGUUUCUUUGGCUAUGGCUGCAGUUUGCUCUUUAACGAGCUGGUUUUAACAGCUACUUUUUUAAACAACCUCAUCAUCAGUAUCACUGCAUCGGUGCAGGAAUAAAAAGCAAGCUAAUUUAAUUGAAGUUAAUAUUCAUCUUUCCAUGAUUUUCAGGAAACUAGGAUGGGGUCAAUUUCUUCUGACAACAAGACUUAUGGAAUAUAUUCAGAUACAGUGCAGAUAUUCCCUAGGGAUGAAUAGGUUGAGAAAAUGAUGAAUGGGUUCAUGGAGUAAUAUGCAAGAAUAAUAUGGUUUAUGCAUAUUUUUCAACUUAAAGAGUAGAUGUAGGAUGCUGGGACAAAGGAUAAAAAAAAUAGUUUUUUAAUUAUCUGAAACAUGUGCCUCACACCUUUAGGGUUGGGGGUUCGAUUCCCGCCUCCGCCUUGUGUGUGUGGAGUUUGCAUGUUCUCCCCGUGCUUCGGGGGUUUCCUCCGGUUUCCUCCCCUGGUCCAAAGACAUGCAUGGU